GCGCCAACCUCUGCCGCGGGAGGGCGCCGCCGACGCCCGUCGCGUUCCGAACCACGCACGUGCUUACCCUAGUACAACGUUAUCGUGUAUCGGUGUGAGUGACUGCCCGUUGAAUUAUUCCGUGUCAAUACGCCUCCGCCUCCGCCGGUGCGAUGCGUGUCUAGCAUACGUAUCGCACGAUUGGCUGUCGUGUGUAAAUGAAUAUGUUUGUUCUUGGGCAUUAUUGUUGUUCCCGAGGGAUCGGCGGCGAUUGAUAUCGCUCACGGAUGUGUACAGCAAUAGUGCCCACGAAUAAAUUCUAACUUUAAUUAAAAGUUCGACGGUCGAAAAUGGGUUAAUUGAGCUUUGGAAAUGUCGCUCAAAGUGAAAGACGGUUCCGAUUCUGCCUGACUCUAUUCAAGUGAAGGAUGAAGGAAUAGUGAUACGAAAAUGGAUGACAGUUCACCGGAUCUGUCGCUGAAACUGCGACGGGGGUCGAGUGAUUCUCGGGAGUCCUUUUAUAUGGACUUUGCGCAAGGUAUCGACUCGGACAUCGAAGAGGUGACUACGAUAGAGCGCGUGAUCCCUGAGCACCCGGGGGGCCGGACGGAGGGCGAUGCCGAUACACUGGCGACGCCGUCUGGUCUCGAAGAGGCCAAGGAGCUGGGGCAAUGUUGCUACUCAAUCCCCGCCAACAACAUGUCGGGAGGUUCUCACGUGUCCCGCGCCACAUUCGGCGGGGCUGACUCCGAGAUAUCUGGCGGCAGCGCUCCGCCACUCCCGAGUCCUGCCUCUGCGGGGGCUGCGCUGGUGUCCCCGGAGACGCUAAGCCGGCACAGUAGCCCUCCGCCCCUGCCGCCGCACCCGUCUCACCAGCAACCAGCACCCUCUUGCUCCUCACAUCGCGUUCACCUGGAAUCUCCAAUGAGAUUAUCAAGUCCACCAUCAAUGUCCCUGGGCGGGUCGCUGUCUCUGCAGCCUGUGCUGUACGGGCCGAGCGGGGCUGCGCACGCGCCGCUGCCACCGUCCCGGAGACUCUCUCGACCUUCGGCCGCUAUACAGCAUAUGCACGUUAUAAGCGCGAGCGAUGCGUUAGCAACAACUCUGUCAGCGCUCUACGGCAAGCUGCUCGUGGUUAUGGGGAUAGCUUUCCCCAUGGCUGAGGUCAUCUCCACAUACAUUCCUCCCUCAUUCUACGAGGGUUUCUACCUAUACCUGUACAUCGGCAGCAUGGUGUUUCUUCUCUACAUGUAUGCUGCGCUCGCGAGGGAUAGAUCUAAAUCUUCUGCUGCGGAUACUGCUGUUGUUGCAAAAUCAGACUCCAGUUCAUCCCCAUCAGAGUCAGACUCAUGUUCCUCUCGUACGGAGCGCAGCACAGCCACCACAGCACACAUACCACCUCAGCUGGCUGCCAAACGACUGUCUCUGGGCUUCGCGCUGGCAACCAGGACCCAUCAUUAUGGCAGCUUCUAUUUGAGGAUGGGGGCCGUUGCUUUCGGCAUCGGCUCGAUGAUCUACUCGGGCCUAGAAUUCGGCCAGUACUGGGAGCUGGAGAGGAACACCAACUGCCACAAUGUGCUGCUGGCGCUAACUCCGGCCACUAGGAUGGCCUUCAUCUUCAUACAGAUGUACUUCAUCUUUCUGAACAAUGAGAUGAAAGUUUACAAGCACAAGAUAGUAGCGCGGUUCGGUCUGAUGCAUAUGGUGGGGACGAACCUCAGUGUGUGGCUCAAUGUCCUCGUUCAGGAGACGAAGCACGAAAUCCUGACGUUUUAUGAUCCGGAGAACAAGACUAUUGGACUGUCGCAUAGACUUGCAUUCCAAAAGGCGUUCGCAUCAUUUUCGACCGACGUGCCUCCGUCUCACCCGGCUGCCGCUCACCUGCGCGUGCCAAGAGGACUCAAAGGCCCUCACCAUAUCUUCGAGUGCCGUCGAACCAACAUCAUGGGCUCCCUCGUACAGGACGCCUCUCCGUUCCUCUUCCCUUGCACCAUCGAGUAUUCUCUCAUCUGCGCUGCAAUCCUCUACGUCAUGUGGAAGAAUAUCUCCAAGUACCCGUCGAAGGACGUCGCCGCGGCUAUUGUAAAAGCACGUAUAUUAGAAGGUCUGGCCUACAAGAAAUCCCCACAUUUGUACAGCGUAGACUGUGCAAGAGCUCACAAAGGCCUCUUCUUCGGAAUAUUAGUUUUGGUACUAACUAUAAUAUCGUUGAUAUUGUUCUUCGUUUUAGUAUCAAAGAAAGAUUACGCGACUCUAGCAGUCGUUGAAGUCAACGUUUGUGAAUUGGCAUUGUAUGCAAUGACAACAUUUGCUAGUUUAGCUGGAAUGGUUUGCGUGAGAAAACUGAAGUAUGAUGGUAACCGAAACCUUGAACUGGAUAACAUUCUUCUCGUUGGAGCUCAGACUGGAAUGUUCAUCUAUGGCACAUUCACCAUCAUUGGAGGACAUUUCACGAUAGAGAAGAACACAAUACUAAUAUUGAUUACUGCUCUAUCGUCUUUAAUCCAGACUACUUGUCAAACCAUGUUUAUUCUCGAUGCGAGCCGAAGAUCAGCGAAAACGGCUGAACAGUUACGAAAGAAGCCUGGAAGAGAGAUAGUGACGUUCCUUUUGGUAACCAACUUGGCUAUGUGGGCGAUAAAUACUCUUGAGAAAUCAAGAGCGGAAUCUCAUCCAGUCCAGCUUCACUUCUACGGUCUAUGGGCGUGGACGAUCAUUACCCACGUGUCAAUGCCUCUGGCAAUCUUCUACAGGUUCCACUCGACGGUGUGUUUGUGCGAGAUAUGGAAACGCGCGUACAAGAUGAAGCCCGCUUACAUGUAGCGACCGGCUCGGAGGUACUGGAGCACAGCACUGUCUUUCAGAAUGUGAACUGUGGUACUUUCGGAAUCAUACUCGUAGACAAGUGGUAGUUGGAUGUUAGUGCCAUAGUCUCAGAUAAUCUGUGGAAACCGCUGCAGUAGUUAGAGGAUCAUAACUCAUACAGUAUCCUACCUACUCAUUAGAUGUAGAUCUGGUUUCAUCUCUCCGGUUUCCACAUUAACCGCAUCGUUUGAAAGUUGACUGCUGUAAUGUUAAGUUAUUGUAUUAAAAUAUUUUAAUGUGUUAUUUAUUUGUAGCUUUAUUAUACGCUUUAACUAUCAUAGCGGAACUGAUACGUUGAGUCGCAGUAUUUCACAAUUAAACGGGUUGGAUUUUAUUGAUUUUAGCGCUUUAUAUUUAGAUGUUAAUUUUUCAGCAAGUUUUAGUGUUAAAUGUAUUGUUAAUAUUAUAUGUGAACCUAUUAAUGGAUAAGUUAUGUGUUCAUAUUUUCAUCUUGUUUACAUAGCUGUAUGUAGAUGUAGAUAGUGUGUAAGUAUUAGUAGAGUCUGUAUACCACAUUCCACUUUAUAGUAAUCUCUCAAUCGCCGAGGCAUAAUGAUUAUAUUCACGCACUUUGAUUCAAAAUGAAUGUCUUCCAUUAGGUUACGUUGUUUUAUACGAUUUGUUUUACAAUAUUUAUUCUUUUUCUGCUACGUAUAUCGGGUGUGUCGUUCAUAAUCACAUUAAAUGAAAU